AUGGACGCGCCGGAGCCCGAUCAGACCCCCUUCGCGAGCGUCACGGCGCACACGUCCAAGAUCCAAAGACAUUACCAAGCCCUCCUGGACCAGUCGACGCCCUUUGUGCUGUACCGAUGGGUCGGCACCGGCGUCGCCCUGCUCCUCUUCUUCCUGCGCAUCUUUUUUGCUCAGGGAUGGUAUAUCGUCGCGUACGCUCUGGGCAUCUACCUGCUCAACCUCUUCCUCGCCUUCCUUCAACCCAAGUUCGAUCCGUCCAACGACGCCCUCGACAAUGAGAUGGAGGACGGCUCCGUCGGCACUCUCCCGACCAAGCAGGACGAGGAGUUCAAGCCCUUCAUCCGCCGCCUCCCCGAGUUCAAAUUCUGGUACUGGGCCACGCGCGCAGUCACCAUCUCCUUCUUCUGCACCUUCUUCGAGAUCUUCAACGUGCCCGUCUUCUGGCCCGUUCUGGUCAUGUACUGGUUGAUCCUCUUUGUUCUGACGAUGCGAAAGCAGAUUCAGCACAUGAUCAAGUACCGCUACGUCCCCUUUACCGUUGGCAAGAAGAGCUACCGCAAGGACAACUCGUAA